ACCCCCUCCAUCUCCUCUCUUUGCAUGUCUGUGUGUCCGAGGGGAGGAAGAAAGGAAGAAAAGAGGGAGGGGAGGGAAGGGAAGAGAGAGCCCGGAUCACUGUGCAGGGAGCUGCUGCCACCUCAACAUGGUGUAAGUCGCCAUCCUGCAGCCACUCCACACCAGUGACGGCGGGGAGAGCGGCCGAGCACAGCGGGGGAGACCGGAGAGCAGGGGCCGCUGCACCCCAAUGAGCAGAACGUGAGGGAGAAGGGGAUCUCGCCCUGCUGUGUCUGGAUCCUGGGCGGAGAGGAGGGGGUCGCAGCCUGCCGGGGACACUGAAGAAGAGAGGGGGCGACCAUGGCCAACGACUCGCCUGCCAAAAGCCUGGUGGACAUAGACCUCUCCUCCUUGCGGGAUCCAGCUGGUAUAUUUGAGCUGGUGGAAGUGGUGGGCAAUGGCACCUAUGGACAAGUGUAUAAGGGUCGACAUGUCAAAACAGGCCAACUUGCAGCUAUCAAAGUCAUGGAUGUUACAGAGGAUGAAGAAGAGGAAAUCAAACUGGAAAUCAAUAUGCUGAAGAAAUAUUCCCAUCACAGAAAUAUUGCCACUUACUACGGUGCUUUCAUCAAGAAGAGCCCUCCUGGGCACGAUGACCAGCUCUGGCUUGUAAUGGAGUUUUGCGGUGCUGGCUCAAUCACUGACCUGGUGAAGAAUACUAAAGGGAAUACUUUGAAAGAAGAUUGGAUUGCUUAUAUCUCUCGUGAAAUCCUGAGGGGCUUGGCUCAUCUCCAUGCUCACCACGUGAUUCACAGGGAUAUCAAAGGACAGAACGUGCUGCUAACGGAAAAUGCAGAGGUGAAGCUAGUGGAUUUUGGGGUCAGUGCUCAGUUGGACAGGACUGUUGGUAGGAGAAAUACAUUUAUUGGCACACCAUACUGGAUGGCUCCAGAAGUUAUAGCCUGUGAUGAAAAUCCAGAUGCUACCUAUGAUUACAGAAGUGACCUUUGGUCUUGUGGUAUUACUGCUAUUGAGAUGGCAGAAGGAGCUCCCCCACUUUGUGAUAUGCAUCCAAUGAGAGCACUCUUCCUUAUUCCCCGGAAUCCUCCUCCCCGGCUAAAAUCUAAGAAAUGGUCAAAAAAGUUUUUUAGUUUUAUAGAAGGCUGCCUUGUGAAAAAUUACAUGCAGCGCCCUCCAACAGAACAGCUUUUAAAGCACCCAUUCAUAAGAGACCAGCCAAAUGAGCGGCAAGUUCGGAUUCAGCUGAAGGACCAUAUAGACAGGACCCGAAAGAAAAGAGGAGAGAAAGAUGAAACGGAGUAUGAAUACAGUGGAAGUGAAGAGGAGGAAGAGGAAGUGCCUGAGCAGGAAGGAGAGCCAAGUUCCAUUGUUAAUGUGCCUGGAGAAUCUACUCUUCGACGUGAUUUCCUGAGACUGCAGCAGGAAAACAAGGAGCGCUCUGAGGCCUUGCGAAGGCAGCAGCUGCUGCAGGAGCAACAGCUCAGAGAGCAGGAGGAGUACAAGAGACAGCUACUGGCAGAGAGACAGAAGCGUAUAGAACAGCAGAAAGAGCAAAGGAGGCGACUGGAAGAGCAACAAAGAAGAGAGCGUGAGGCUCGCAGGCAGCAGGAGAGAGAGCAGAGGAGGAGAGAGCAGGAAGAGAAAAAAAGGAUGGAGGAAAUGGAGCGGAGACGUAAAGAAGAAGAAGAACGUAGACGAGCGGAAGAAGAGAAAAGACGAGUGGAAAGAGAACAGGAGUACAUCAGACGACAGCUGGAGGAGGAGCAGAGGCACUUGGAAAUCCUUCAACAGCAGCUGCUUCAGGAGCAGGCCAUGUUACUGGAAUACAGGUGGCGGGAGAUGGAGGAACACAGACAAGCAGAAAGGCUGCAACGUCAAUUGCAACAAGAACAGGCUUACCUUAUGUCUUUACAACAUGAUCACCGGCAGCAACCACCACCACCGCAGCCGCAGCAACCACAGCCCCAGCAGCCUCCAGUGCCACCGCAAGAAAGGAACAAGCAAAGUUACCAUACACCAGAACCUAAGCCCCACUAUGAGCAGGCUGAACGUGUACGAGAGGCAGAAGAACGCCUUAGGAAAACUAACCAAGCCUCUCCUGAAGCACAGUCAAAGCAAACAGGGAGAGUGUUGGAACCGUUAGUGCCUUCAAGAUCGGAGUCUUUUUCCAAUGGGCAUUCUGAACCUGCUCAGCCUGCUAUGCAUAGGCCAGUGGAACCUCAGGUACAAUGGUCUCAUCUGGCAUCCCUCAAGAACAAUGUUUCCCCUGUCUCGCGAUCCCAUUCCUUCAGUGACCCUGCUCCCAAAUUUGCGCCUCACCAUCUACGUUCUCAGGAGUCACACCCACCCACACGCAGUGACGUUCUAAGUCAAAGUUCUGACCCUAAGUCUGAGACAGCAGAGCCCAACCAAAGGGCUUGGUCUCGAUCAGACAGUGAAGAGGUGCCUCCAAGGGUGCCUGUAAGAACAACAUCUAGAUCCCCGGUGUUGUCACGAAGAGAUUCCCCACUGCAGGCCAGUGUGCAACAGAAUAAUCAAUCUGGACAGAGGAAUUCCACAAGCAAUAUUGAGCCAAGGCUACUUUGGGAGAGGGUAGAGAAGCUAGUGCCCAGACCAGGCAGUGGCAGCUCUUCAGGAUCAAGUAACUCCGGUUCCCAGGCAGGAUCUCAUCCAGGGUCACAGAGUGGAUCUGGAGAACGCUUCCGCAUGAGAUCGUCCUCAAAAUCUGAAGGAUCACCUUCCCAGCGUCCUGAGAAUACGGCUAAAAAACAUGAUGAAAAGAAAGACACUGGAAGACCUAGCAAGCCUGCUGGAGAAGUGGACCUGACUGCUUUGGCAAAGGAACUUCGUGCUGUGGAAGAUGUGCGACCUCUGCAUAAAGUAACAGACUAUUCUUCAUCAAGUGAUGAGUCUGGGACUACCGAUGAGGAGGAUGAUGACGUUGAACAGGAAGGAGGAGAUGAGUCAACCUCAGGCCCUGAGGAUGCCAGAGCGAUGUCCUCACUUAAUUUGAGUAAUGGUGAAACAGAGUCUGUAAAAACAAUGAUUGUCCAUGAUGAUGUUGAAAGUGAACCUGCCAUGACUCCUUCCAAAGAAGGCACUUUAAUCGUCCGGCAGAGUACAGUUGACAAAAAGCGUGCCAUUCAACUUGAGAGCAAUGGCUUUGCCGGGCGUAUUCACCUCUUGCCAGAUCUGUUACAGCAAAGCCAUUCCUCCUCCACCACUUCUUCCCCAUCCUCAAGUCAGCCGACACCUACCAUGUCCCCACAGACACCCCAGGACAAGUUAACUGCUAAUGAGACCCAGUCAGCAAGUAACACUCUCCAGAAACACAAAUCUUCCUCUUCAUUUACACCUUUCAUUGACCCUCGUUUACUGCAGAUAUCGCCAUCUAGUGGCUCAACUGUAACAUCAGUGGUGGGAUUUUCCAGUGAAGCACUGAGGCCAGAUGCUAUGAGACAGGAUCCUACAAGGAAAGGAUCAGUUGUUAAUGUAAAUCCCACAAACACAAGGCCACAGAGUGAUACACCUGAGAUUCGCAAAUAUAAGAAGAGAUUUAAUUCUGAGAUAUUAUGUGCAGCACUGUGGGGCGUUAAUUUGUUGGUGGGCACUGAAAGUGGAUUAAUGCUGUUAGACAGGAGUGGUCAGGGAAAAGUGUACCCCCUCAUCAACAGGAGGAGAUUUCAGCAGAUGGAUGUCCUCGAAGGCUUAAAUGUAUUGGUCACUAUAUCAGGAAAAAAGAACAAGCUGAGAGUGUAUUACUUGUCCUGGCUGAGAAAUAAAAUCCUUCGUAAUGACCCAGAGGUGGAGAAGAAGCAGGGCUGGACAACUGUGGGGGACUUGGAAGGCUGUGUGCACUAUAAAGUUGUAAAAUAUGAGCGGAUCAAGUUUUUGGUAAUUGCUCUAAAGAGUUCAGUGGAAGUCUAUGCCUGGGCGCCAAAGCCAUAUCAUAAGUUCAUGGCCUUUAAGUCAUUCGGUGACUUGGUACACAGGCCGCUAUUGGUAGACCUGACAGUAGAAGAAGGACAGAGGCUAAAAGUAAUCUACGGCUCCUGUGCUGGCUUUCAUGCUGUUGAUGUGGACUCUGGAGCAGUCUAUGACAUUUAUUUACCAACACAUAUCCAGAGCAGUAUCCAGCCACAUGCAAUUAUUAUUCUCCCAAAUACAGACGGCAUGGAGUUGCUGGUUUGUUAUGAAGAUGAAGGAGUUUAUGUUAAUACUUAUGGAAGGAUCACCAAAGAUGUGGUUCUACAAUGGGGUGAAAUGCCUACUUCAGUCGCAUAUAUCAGAUCUAACCAGAUAAUGGGAUGGGGUGAGAAAGCCAUCGAAAUUCGAUCUGUAGAAACUGGUCACCUUGAUGGGGUAUUUAUGCACAAAAGGGCACAAAGACUAAAGUUCUUGUGUGAACGAAAUGAUAAGGUUUUCUUUGCGUCUGUACGGUCUGGCGGCAGCAGUCAAGUGUAUUUUAUGACCCUUGGCAGGAGUUCUCUUUUGAGCUGGUGAAGAAUGGAUCUGCUGAAUCUCCCCUACGGUCUUCAUAAGCUCCGGAACUUGAAUCCAUUUACAACUGGAGUACAUCCUGCGCACUGAUGUUCUAUUUGUUCAAGAUGGAGUUUGCAUUCAUUUAGUGGAUUUUGUGUUUCUAACUUAGGGGAGAAGAUUACAUAACCUUUCUGUAGCUUACAAGGCAGCUGAGGCUGUAAUGCCUUUGUUGGGUGCUAUAAACAUCUGAGAUUUGGAACAAGCAGCAGGGCUCUAAUAACUUAUACACUUCCUGUUACUUAAAAUAAGUUAUGAGUGAGAAGUGCAAAAACAAAUCACACUAAAAGCAUCCUUUCACCAUGAAAAAAUGGGACUUGACACAAGAGGGCAGACCAGGAGAACCUAUUAAGCCUUUCUGAUGAUGCACAGCCAGGCUUAUUAAUAUUUCAGUUAUUUAAUUUAGUGGGUUUUGUUUUUAUGUUGAAUCUGACAGGUAAAGUUCAUAUAAUAAACUGUAUUUAUAAAAUGUGAAAGGCAGCAGCUAAUGUAUUUUGUUUUUUUGUUUUUCUACACAAUGGUUUGGUCCAAUGUUGUGCAUUGCUGGACUUUGCCUAAAUACAUGCAAAAUGUUCUCUUUUUACGUUAUUUCUGCAUCCUUACAGAAUGUGUCACAGUAUUAGCGCUGCCUCAUCCAUAAUUGUGUUUUUGUUUUGUUUUUAUAAGGGGGGGGGAGGGGGGUUUCUCCUAGAAAUCCACAAUAAGUGUGCACGCAGUGAAUUGACCUAAAUCUGUACUGUAGAAAGGGAACAAAACAGGGUUGCGGAGUUGGACAUUACAGGCAAAUUCCAAUCAACUUAUCUUUUCUCCUACCUCAUUCUGGGCGAUGCACAAACCCCUUUGGUGGCAUGAGACCUGCAACUUAGUUGCAGACAUCCUGGGCCCUGAAGGGCUUAACAAAGAGGGUUUUUUUUUGUUUUUUCCUUCCUAUUUUACGUUCAUUGGUUUAUAACAUGAAUGUGUAAUUUUAAUACCAAAUUUGUGUCAGAUUGAUCUCUUUGGCUCAGUUUGUCCAAGCUGACAAAAGUUGCCAUUAAUUUACGGCACAAAAUAGCUACAUGGUGGUGAGAAAUACUGAUUAGGUUUAUUGGCCUUCCUAGGUUGUUUAUGUUUCAUUAUUUAAGUUAAUGGGUUUCACAUGUAUGUUUUUGACCUGAAUCAGUAGGGAUUUCACUGCUGUGAAAUUCAGGUGUAGCAUCCCGGGAGAUCAGUGUUUUAGGCUAGUUCUCUAAAUUGUAUAAUGUAGGAGUCUUAAAGGCGGUAUGGGAGGGGUGGGCUUAUUCCUGGGGGGUGGGCGAUGUAUUCCUUUUUUAAAAAUGCAAUGCACUAAAACAAUUCUAAGAAUGUAGUUAAUAUUGCUUAUUCAUAACUGACAUAUUGUACCUGUGUUUAGAUGUAAGAUUCCCGGUUCUGACUUUUUUAAUGAAAAUAUGAAAUAGUCUGCUUUAUUUUCUGAAAGUUUUGACAUUUGUAAUAAAUGUCUGAACAGGAAUAACCAGUUUAAUGGCUACCCAUUCUUUACUUGAGGUUUCUGGAGUGUACAAUUGUGGUUGAUGUAGCAAUGCACAGUGUCAUUAUUCUACAAUCCUUUCUGGUGUGGGGUACAUUGUUGACAGCUGCCUUAAGCUGUUCAUUUGUGAACAGUUUCUCUUUUUAAUAUAGAAAUAGACAACUCUUCUGUUGUUUCUGCCAUUGUAUUAAAGCAUUUUGAUUCUUUAAUUGCCAUGUAAUACACAUUGAGCGAGUGCACUGGGGUUUGAAGUAAAAGCUGGGAAGCUUUCAUAAUCAACUAGUCCUCACAAUAUGAGUUCUUCUCCGCAGCCAUACUUUACACAUCCAUCCAUCCAUUCAAAUCAUAAGCAGGCCUUAUUAUUGGCAGAAACGUAAGUUUGGAAUUUUGUUGGAUAUUCUUUCCAAUAGCACUGAAAAGCAAUGCUUAUGUGUAUGUUUUGUUCCAUUUACUUAUGUAAAAGGGCAGAAGGCCUAAAGAGCUGAGGGGCAGUUUUAUUAACCCUGGUGAAGUGAUAAAGUGGAAGCUGAUAACGCACCAGCAAAUCAGAUCCUAACUGUCAGUUUUUUUUUAAACCCAGCCUGUAACAUGGAAGUUAGGAGCUGAUUGGAUGGUGCGUUAUCAUCUUCCACUUUAUCACUUCACCAGGCUUAAUAAAUCUCCCCCUGUGUCCUAAGUUUUCUGAAAGUAGCCUAACACAGUGGGGUAAAUUUACGAAAACGAGAGUUCUAUUUAAGAUGGGAUGUUGCCCAUAGCAACCAAUCAGAUUCUACUUCUCAUUUAUCUAGCACCUUCAAGAAAAUAAUACCUGGAAUCUGGUUGCUAUGGGCAACAUCCCAUCUUAAGUAGAACUCCCAUUUUAGUAAAUUUACCCCAGUAAGUUGUAACCUCCUUUCUGCCUCUCUCCUCGUCUUGUGUGGAGUUUUCUUUUUUUUUUCUCCAGGGAGCCCAAUGUAUCCGAAAUUGUCCUAUGUAAUAAAUUGUUGACAUUUUUAUCGCUGCCUUUAUUUUUGUCCCUUACGUCAACUAUUUAAAGCUACUGAGCAAGAAUAGAUUACCUGGAGAAAUUACGAUUGGUAAAUGUUCAUGGUUAAAACUACUGUGUUUGUAAUAUUUUUAACUAACUGUUCAAAAGCUACAAACAAAGAUACUUCUAUUGUUGAAUUAGGUGGGAUAUACUUUUACCCAAAACUCAUUCCAAAAUGUCCUAGUGUAAUUUUUCAAUUAAACCAGUAUUAACAAAAACCACUACAUGAUAAAUAUGGACAAUGUCGUUAAUAUCCUUUACAAGAAAACAGAAUCCAGUUGCUCCUUGAUUUAGUUAAUGCAUAAGAAAUAAUAUUCUUGUACGUUUGAAUUACUGAAACUGACUGCAGUGUUGCUUCUGUUUUUUGUUUUGUUUUAUGCACAUGUUACGUUGGAGAAAAUGUUUACAUUUUUUGUUAAACUAAUGUGCAUCACAUAUUUAUGUUUUUUAAGUGAAUAUUUGCAUAAUUUUAGUAAUACACAUUUUGUGACCUAUAACCUCAAACUUUUUUCAGAUUAAUAACAGUGCGAAAGGAUAACAGUGACAAACUGCAUAAAAUUACUAAUUGUUGAACUGCAAAGCAGACUUGUGUCAAGUGAAACACAGACAUUUUGCAGUGCUAUCUAACUUAUGUCUACUGUGUUACAUGGAUAUUCCUAUUUUCCCCAUUUUUUUCCUUAAAUAAAGUAAAAAUUACACCUACA